GAAUAUUCAUAUGGCCGAUCUGAAACGAAAGAGGACCCACUCUGCCGCCGGUCAUUUUGAAAAAAAAACAAAUUGAACAAGAGAUAUCUUCAAAGAUGAGUCAUAGGCCAAGCGCAGGAGAAACUGAGGAGGAUCUUCUACGCCUUCAAGCCCAGUUUGUUCAAGAGAAAACCAAGCCAUCAGUGACUAUCAAGAAAGCAGAUAAGCGCAAGGCACCGGGUUCUGGAUCAAACACUGGUUCCUCUGCAUCUACUGUUGGAUCAACUGUCAAAAAAGAUGUUGUCACUUUACCAGGUUUACCAACAAACCUACUUGAAGCAGAGCAAGCACUAUCUUCACGUCCACAAAAGAGGUCAAAGUUCAAAACCAGACAGGACCCAUCUUCACAUGCUGCAACCCAAAGCCACCUGCCUGGACAGAGAGUGACCUUUGACCUUGAUAAUGAUGAUGAUCCAGAAGCUGCAAUGGACAGGCAUGAUACUCACAUAACAGCAGUGUUAUCCAAGAUACGGGAACAAGAUAUCAGAGAAAAACCAGUAUUUCUUCCUCAGCCAACAAACAAAGCCUUUCCAACAGCUCUUCAUAGAUCACAAGCACCAAUACAGACAAGUGGACUUAAGACGGGUAAGAAGCGAAGUCUCUUCGCACAACAAUUUGAUUCUACACCUCCUGUAGACUUUGGUGUUACAUUAGGACCGCCUCCUAAAGCUGAGACUCAUCAACUACAAAGAGAUGUACAUGAUGCAAUGGAAACAGAUGAGUUAUUACAAUCAUCACCAUUAAUAGGGAAACCAUUAUCUGGGACAGGACCACCAUCAUCAGGUUCAUAUAGUGGAAUAUUAGAAGGCAGUGGUCUGAUGGGUGAGAAUGUUCCGCAGGAUGUUGCCAUGCAAACCACUCAGGAUAUCCACAGUGAAAACCAAUCCAAGAUGGCUGCCAUGUCGGAGGAAGAAAUUCUACGGGAGCAAGCUAAACUAAAAGCAAUGUUAGAUCCAAGUCUAGUGGCCUUCUUACAAGCAAGAAAAGCUGGAACUGUUCAACAUAAAAAUGGUAGCCAUCAGGGUUUUCCACCAGUUAGCAAACCUGCCAUGCCUUUAUCAACACAGCACAGCACCGGAGCAGGUGAAGAGAUGGAUACAGAUAUGAAGAAAAGUGAUGCAGAAGAUUUGUCAGAAAAUAAAAAUGGCUUUGAGAAGGGAUCUGUUGAAAUCUCUUCAACUACAGAAGAUAGAAAUAUAAAAGUACCAAUAGAUGUGAAGAGUGAAUGGGUGAAUAUGAAGAAAAGAGAGGAUGAUAAAUUACAAUGGAUGGAUGAUUUACCCAAACCAUCUGCCAAAUCUAAGACUGGUUCACAAGCUAGAUUUGAUUUCAAUGGUCAUUUAGUGGCUAGAGAUGCUCCUGUAUCGGUCAGAGAAGGUCUAUUUCACCAUGGAGAAGAACAAGAGGUACCUGGUUAUACACUAGAGGAGUUAUUCACGCUGUGUAGAAGUGCAGUCACACAGCAGAGAGUACUAGCAUUACAAACACUUGCAAGACUCAUCUACAAUUAUAGAGCAGACUGUCUCAAUGGUCAGUUAAGAAGUCCUCUGAUCUCUAGACUCCUUAAAGCUGGUGUUCUCUUCCUAUUGAGAUGGUCCUUAGAUGAUUCUAAUGAAGGCGUUCACUCAGCAGGGAUUGAGGCCCUGGCUGCUCUUCUUAUACAACCUGGUGAUGAGGAGGCCCUUGAUAAAACCUUCUCAUGGCAUCUAGGAUACAGUGUACCUCCAAUGUUACCAAGGAAAGAUGCACCAGAUGAUGAUGAUGAUGAAGAAGAGGAUAUGGAUGAUGAUGAAGAGGAAGAAGAAGAGGAAGAGCAAAAACAGAACAAACCAGAUGAACACAUUGCAAGUCAAGAUGUUAUUAAGGGUCUAUUGAAGAUGUCUGUGUUACCUCGUCUUCGUUACAUCAUAGAGGUUGUCAAGCCUACUCCACCUGUCAUCUUAAACAUUCUAGCUUUCCUGAUCAGAGUUGCAAGGCACUCCACCGAAUCCGCUCUUGAAAUCAUCAAAUGCCCUCGUCUGAUGAACACAAUCUUCAGAGAAUUCUUGCCCACUAGUUCAUGGCAGAAACAAGAGGAUCCAGUAUCAGAUUUAUAUGGUCAUCCUACGAUGCUUGCCAUGAAACUCAUCAGAGUGUUGUGCCUCAGUAGUAGAAACAUUGCAGCAAUGCUGCUAUCCAAGUACCCACUGUUGACGAUUAUCACCCGGUAUUUCUCCAUGGAGCCUUCCGAUAUGAAUCUCAAUGUAGGAGAAGCAUAUCAUCUAAGUAUUGAGAGCUUAAGAGCAUGGUCAGCUUGCAUCAGAUAUGGAUUUGGAUGUGAUGCUUACAGAGAGUUGUAUCCUCUAUUGAUGCACCAGCUUCAACUCUUCCAAAGACUAUCAGUCCUCCCUCUGCCAUCCACUGUAGAGAAAACUACAUGUAUGGUACACAGGUUGCAGCUUAUUAGAGCAACUGCAUUGAUCUCAUUGCUGGAGGGAGUGGUGCAGGUUGCAGGAACAGCAACAGAGCUUCAGGGAAAAUUUGCAAUGAGAAAUGAUGGCACAAAUACAGAGGCGUCUAGAGAAGCAAUCAGCCCUCCACCCAUUGAUUGGAGUCAUGUGACUGGUUUGGCCACACCCCUCGAGACAUGUAUUCAUCGUUGGUUAGUUGAGAUGACUGGAUGUACUGAGGUGUUAUAUCCCGAAGCAUGCUCAUUGGCUGGUAGUGCCAUGGACUUCUUAGCAACAUUCUACUCAAACUACACUCAACAGGCCUCCUACAAUCCAGUGAGCUCAUUAAGUCAUAUUGAAUCAUUUGUUGAUAGUUUGCUGCUUCCAUACAUGGAGUCUACCUCUUUUUACUCAGCAGUUCACAAUCUACAAACACACUCUUCACUGAGGUAUGAACCUACAAACCUCAAGAGAUGCUCAACGCGUGCUUUACCCAGCUUCUCAUGCCAAAGAGAUGAUUCCAGUGAUGACACACCCCCAUGUGUGCGGAAGACAUCAACAUUAGGCUAUGGUACAGCCCUCUUUAGACUCACAUACCAGAUGAUCAAAAUACACAAAGGUGUUGCACCCAAGUUUGAACCUAUUGUACUGAGUUGCUAUGUCUUGCCCUACUUGGAGAACUUUUGUGGAGAUGGUGUUUGCGGUAGCAUUGGUCUUGCUGAACAUUUUGCUAUUCAUGAACAUACAGCUGUGUACUUCCUCAUCAAGAUAUUCCAGUGUGUGGUUCAGCAAGUUGAUUCCUGUAAGCAUCAUAGUCAGUUGUACCACAGUGCUGCUAUGAAGCUAUUAGCAAGACUACAUCCUGGUUAUGAACACUUUGCACAUGAUCUCUUAUCAAUUAUUCUCUUCAGUACAGAGUUCCUUGCAGAGGGAAAUGUAGGAGAUCCCAUGGCAUCUGAUCUUGCUGAAUUCCUGACAUUUUCAGACAAGGAACCGCCUCUCAAGGAGCGUGAUAAGAGCAAAGGAGAGCUUCUACAGGAGGCCUAUCAGAGGUUAAGCAGUAUCAGGAACCUCUAUAUGGUUUACUUUGGCAAAGAACAGCCAUCCUUGGCUAAAUCAAGAGCUAGGUGUUCAGGUAGACCUCAUGAAGUAACUAGUCUCAAUCUACCUCCCCUACUUGGACCUGUUCUACCAAUCGACUGGCCUUUCUUACCUCUGGUUCAGCUCUUCUCAGAAGCACAAAAAGCUGAGAUGAAAGGAAAGUCUGUGAAGUCACUACCUCCCUACAUCAUGGCUGCUAUCACUGAUACAUUAGGAUGGGUUUUCAUACUGGAGACAUGGCGACCUUUGACCUUGAGGUCAAUCCCACUGGCAGCCAAGAUUGCAAGACUUUACUGCAUUUUCCUCACUGCCAGUGACUUGUUCAUGGAGCCAUCAGUUCACCAUUACUUGAUGGCUCUUCUGAAGAUCUACACAAACCAAGAUUACAUAAAGGACAUGGAUUUUGAUCAAAAGAUUCCUGGUCUAGCAUCUUUCAAUGAUCUGUUCAAUGCAGUACUUGCCCAAUAUGAAGCUGUAUCCUUUGGUGAUGAUCUCUUUGCUCACUAUGUGCUGCUACCGCUACAGCAGAGGUUUAGUAUUCAUUUCCGCAAGACACUCUGGUUUGAUCACAUUGAUCUACUACGCACCUUACCAAUCCAACCAUCAAAGUGUCUCAUUCCAAUCUGCCACUUCCUUGAUCCACCUGAGCGAGACCCAGCUCUGAUCAAUAUGUACUUCCAGAGCUUGGUCCAGGGUAAGGUUCGGCAAUCCUGGUCUCCCAUGAUACACCUGGUUGCAGUCCACCAUGUUGCCAAUUUCAUGUUCAACAGUGGAAAGGGAGACAGUGAAACAAUAAGAGAAACAACAGCUAAACUGAAGUUGAUCAAGAGCACAGUUGGCCUUCGAAAUGAGGAUCUGAAGAAGUUAUUACUGCUCUACAGAAGUCCAGAUACUACCAACUCAAGUGGUUAUACGACAUAUGAUGCCUUGCCAGAGGAUAGGUCAGUAAUCCUACAAGCAGCAGAGAGAGCAAUACUAGAGCAAAGGAACAAGAAGAUGGACACAGAGAGAGAUGGGAUGUCAUGACGUAGUGGUAAGGAGUAGGGAUAUAAGCAGUUUAUUUAUUUUUUCCUCAUUUUUUUUAUGUUUUGAUAUUACAUGCAUCCUCUCGGCAAUUACAUGUAAUUUCUUGGAUAUAUUAUUACCUUCUGAACUUAGUUAUGAAACAUUUAUAAAUUACAGUAAAUAUUUGUCUUAAUAGUUUUUGUCUCACCUGCAUAGCAAAGAAAGACUAUAGGCGCCGCUUUUCCGACUGCGACAACAGUGUCAACAUC